CAAUAUACGGGGCGUCUCACCUGGGCGGCGAGGAAGCGCUGCUGCCCUGGGUCUCGGCGAGAGCUUCGUCCGAAGAAAGGAGAAAAAGAGGGAACGGAAGGGAACGGAAGGGAACAAGGUUUCUCGGGCGCCCGGUAUAAAUUAGUCGCUCCAGAAAUUCCCAGUCCCCGCCGACCAGAUCUGAACCAGACCCCCGCCCUACCGCGCCUACUAGUCACAACUCAACCAUAAUCCACGUGGCGCUGGGAACACAUCAGCCAAGAAAGCGCAAGAUGGCCGAGCCUCGAGAAAAUGCUUCCCCUCAAGAAGCCGUACCGGACCGCACCCGAGCGGCUUUCUUCUAUGGUACGCUGAUGGCCCCCGAGGUGUUCUUCACCGUCUGCUAUAGACACUCGACGCAGGACGUGUCGUUGCUGAAGAGCCUCCACGAUUUCAAGCCGGCAAUACUGCAUGGUUUCUGUCGACACCGGGUUCAAUAUGCGGACUAUCCGGGGAUCAUCCCACAGGACGGCCACGAGGUUCGAGGAGUGUAUGUGACGGGCUUGACGGGUGCCAACAUCUACCACCUCGACACAUUCGAAGGCAGCGAAUACGACCGCCGGGCGGUCAAGGUCCGCCUCCUCUCGGAAGUCGGCGACGACAAGGGGCGCGGCAACGUCGAGGGUGAGGAGGUCGAGUGCGAGGUGUAUGUAUUCCUGCACCCCGAGAACUUGGAAAAUCGCGAGUGGGAUUUCGAGGAGUUCCGGACGCAGAAGAUGAAGUCUUGGACGCGAGAAGACUACGGCUUCAAGGAAAGCGACCACUUUGGCUCCUGAGAGGUGGACGAUGGCGGGAAAGACGGCAGUUGCUGCUCGUGAGCCCGCGAAUCUCGACCCCUCAGAGGUUGUCUCUUGCCUACUUUGCUUUCGUCUCCAACACGACGAGGAAGGGAUGGGAUGGCUGACCGGG